AUGUCCUGGCCACGAUCGCAGCUUUUGGAAAUUGGAGACCAAUCCUGGUGUCCCUCUUGGCUUCAUCAGCAUGAGCAAUUAUCCCUGACGAAGCUUUGGAAUCUGAAGGUUCCGUUUUGGAGCCGCGGGAGCCUUGCAACACAAGCAUGCGAGGUAUUCAAAGAGUACUUGCAAGAUCCUUCAUCAUAUACGGUUCUCGACAUAUGUGCUGGUUCGGGAGGCCCUACCCCGGUCCUCGAAUCUGAACUCAACAGAGAAAUCGAAGCCCAAGGCAAAGUCCCUGUCCAGUUCAUAUUAUCCGACCUUUAUCCACACGUCGAAGCGUGGCAGCGAAUAUCGAAGAAACAACAAAAUGUAUCAUAUAUUGAAACUCCAGUCGAUGCCCGAGCUGUUUCUAGACUCGGGAAAGAGAAGGAAUGCCGCAUUUUUAACAUUUGUUUCCAUCAUUUCAGUGAUGAAGACGCCGCGGGUAUUUUGAAAAGUGCAGUGGAGUCGGCUGAUGCAUUCAUCAUAUAUGAAAUGACAUCACGUGAAGUUGGUACCUGUCUAUGCUCCCCACUAGUGUUCUUCUGGGCUUUCUUUGUAACCCUAGGUUGGUUUUGGAGUUCACCCGUCCAUCUCUUCUUUACCUAUAUCUUGCCCGUGGCUCCUUUCACCAUCUGGAUUGAUGGCUUCAUAUCUUGUCUCAGAACACGCACGAACGAGGAGAUUAGAAGUCUCUUGGAUCAGCCAGGGUUGGAUCUGAGCAAAUGGACCUUUCAUAGCGGAAGAAAGACUGUACAAUGGCCUGUCAUUAGCUUGCAUUACUAUGUCGGUAUCAAGUCCGAUUAA